AUGUACUGGGUCUCCAAGCUCCUUGCCAUUGCGGCAACAGGUGCUUUGGGGACGAAUGCGAUGGAAGUCUCGAUCUUCAGGUUCCCAUCUGGGCACCUAGAGUCAGGAUCUGUAACAGUAUCGGAAGAUUUUGCACAGCUCGCUCUGAAGAUGGGUGUGGAAUCAUCUCUAGCAUCUGUUCUUCACGGCAUGGAGGCAGAAGUGGACCACCUCGACCAAUUUGUUGAUACCCAAAUGCCUCUGUUCGGUAGCAACCACGAGGUACCUGGUAGAAGUCUGAUUGUUCUUGAAGGGCUCCCAGUCGAGGCCGGCAUGAAUAUGCGCAAGAAGCAUGUACCCAACCUUCUCGUCCCCGGUGCCUCUAAUAACUUGGUCGACGAAUCAUUCAUAUCCAUCAUGGAAGGUGAUAGUAAAGGGAGCCACUGCAUCUACCAAAGAGGUGACGAUGGCAAGACGAAGUCUAGUUCGACCGUCAAAGACUGCCUUUCUAAGAGCCCGGUCCUUUCUCGUGAUCAAAAGUUGUUCGGUCAUGAUCUUCUUGAUCUGAUCGAUUCGGUUGAAACAUGGGUGAGCAAGGAUCAAAAAACAACUGCUUCCCGAUUGUCGUUCAAGACCGUAUCUAGUGAUAAAAUCCUGUACAUCAAACCUCUGGAGUCCAUUUUCCAAGACCUGGCCAAAUUAUCUUCAACUGACAGCUGGGUUGCCACGGCUGUGCUUGCCACCUCGGAGUAUGGCUCGGAAGUCCGUGGGAACAUCUCCCGCCGGGGCGAAACAUCACGGAUAGAGCCCUCUGAUGCACAGGAUGAUCUUCAAUUUUCACCACGGGACCUGCCUCUGCACUCGAACCUCGCUCCUGUCUGCUAUGCAUCCAACUCAACUUGCACAGAGACAACCAACAACUGCUCUGGGCAUGGGUACUGUUAUUUGAAGUAUGGAUCUGGUAGUGAUGCAACCGCCGGUAACUGCUAUGCAUGCCGAUGCCAACAGACCAUGGUGCGGAAAAAGGAUGGUACUACCCAGAAGGUUCAGUGGGGUGGGCCAGCGUGCCAGAAAAAGGAUAUUAGCUCACCUUUCCUCCUGAUUGCCGGUGUUAGUGUCUUUGCUGUCAUUAUGGUCAGCACCGCAAUUGGCAUGCUAUUCAGCAUGGGCCAGCAAGAGCUACCUAGUGUGAUUGGAGCUGGAGUAGGCGGGUCGAAGGCGCAGACAUGA